AUGGCUCUAGGUCUCCGUUGUGGGCGCCAUUUAUCUCCUAAAAGGUUUGGUUUGAUUCCCCCAAAGGGCCCUGAGGGGGAUGGGUCUUUAAAGUGGGGAGGAGAUGAUGACGAGGACAUUGACCUGUUUGGAAGUGAUGAGGAGGAGGACCAGGAAGCAGCCCAAGUUAGGGAACAGCGACUAAGCAUAAAGCAGUAUACGGAGAUGAAAUCCAAGAAGCCAGGCCUGAUUGCCAAGUCCUCCAUUCUCUUGGAUGUCAAACCUUGGGAUGACGAGACAGACAUGACCAAGAUGGAAGAAUGUGUCUGAUCCAUUCAGAUGGAUGGCUUGGUCUGGGGAGCCUUCAAACUGGUCCCAGUGGGCUAUGGAAUCAAGAAGCUCCAGAUUCAGUGUGUGGUGGAGGACGACAAAGUGGGAACAGAUAUCUUAGAGGAAGAGAUCACCAAGUUCGAAAACUAUGUGCAGAGCGUUGACAUAGCUGCUUUCAACAAGAUCUAGCAGCAAACCUUCACACUUUUUAAAGUUAAUAAAAGGUCAAGAGUUGGAAGAGCAAAAA